AUGCAUAAUGGAAUAUUUACUGCUAUGACAAGUGGAGGUACGACAAAAAGUGCAGUUCCUGGCGCUGUGGCGCCUGAUGGAGGUUGGGGAUGGAUAAUUGUGCUAGCGUCUUUUAUGAUUCAUUUUAUCAUGGAUGGAAUUACCUAUUCGAUGGGCGAAGUAUUCUUGCAUCCGAUGAGAAGCAGAUUAGGUGAAGGGCGAGGUUUAGUUUCAGGAAUUUUUGGUGUUUUACCAGCCAUAACACUUGGCGUAGGACCGAUUGCUACCAUAUUUGUUAAUACGUAUGGUUGUCGAUUAGUAACAAUCGUAGGCGCUUCUAUAGCUGCUGUCGGAUUUUUAGCAAGUUAUUUCUGGGCAAAUAUAUGGUUUUAUUAUUUGACUAUUGCUAUCGUCGGCGGUAUCGGCUUUGGAAUGAUCUAUCUGCCAGCUAUUGUUUCAGUCGGUUAUUAUUUCGAAGCGAAGCGUUCUUUUGCGAUGGGUAUCGCAGUUUGCGGUUCCGGAUUGGGUACACUUGUGUUUCCAUUAAUAAUGCCAUAUGUCAUCAAUAAGCCUUUGUGGUUUGACUAUGAUGGUGCUCUUUUGCUUGAAGCUGGUAUCAUCUCUAUUUGCAUUAUUUUUGGUGCUUUGAUGGUACCACUGGCUACUGAGACAAGCGAAAUUCGUCGUAGAGAAAAGAAAGCACGUGCUGAACAGAAACGCUUGGCACUGAAUAGCGGAACGAUUACUAACAAUCCAUUCGAUGAGCAACAAAGUCAACUACUUCCAAAAGGCAAAGAAAGUGAAAUUGCACUCAGAACAAUUAGUCCAAACACACGUGAAUCAACUGCUGUUGUUCCUAGCGAACAGCAGUUUUCUUCCGACGAUGUUGAACAACCUGCAUCUCCAUAUCGAAAUGAUUUGACACAGAAAAUCCGUCCUGAAGAUGACACAGCCGAUCCUUCCGUUGUUCUUUCUCGUAAAGAUGCGCUUUAUCAAGGUAGUUUACCUAAUAUACCAUUAUAUAAUGAAAAUGCCGACGAAUAUCACAACCAAAUAAUAACAACAACAAGUGACGUUGUGAACAAACCUCGAGUUAAGAAAUCAUUUUUUGCUCAAAUUGCUGAACAAAUCGAUUUGAACCUGUUGAAAGACGCAGCAUUUGCCUUAUUCGCCAUAUCGAAUUUUUUAACAAGUCUUGGGUUUAAUGUUCCAUACAACUUUGCUAAUGACUUAGCAACUGAUGCCAAUGUUCCCGAAGAUAAACGGAAUUGGAUCAUCAUGACAAUUGGAAUUGCGAAUUGCUUUGGUCGUGUUGUUAUUGGAUUUUUAGGUGAUCGCUCAUGGGUCAAUCGUUUAGCAUUAUAUAAUUCAACAUUGAUUAUUGCUGGUGUAGCAACAAUGGCUGCACCUUUUUGUACUUCUCUCGUAUACACACAUAUGGUAUACGCCGCAUUAUUUGGAUUUUUUUCGGGUGGAUAUGUCGGUUUAACAUCAAUUCUCGUGGUUGACUUAGUUGGUGUUCAUAAACUGUCCGAUGCAUUCGGUACACUUCUAUUAUUUCAAGGUGUUGCCGUUGCGAUUGGCACACCGAUCUGUGGUACGAUGCGUGACUUCUUUACUGGAUCUGAACGUCCUUACCUAUGGCCAUAUUUGAUAUUCGGUGGUUCGAUUUUAAUCAGCGGUCUUAUCCUAUUCGCAAUUCCGCUUAUACAAAAACGAAAAGAAAAUCGACAGAAACUCACUAAGCAACAAUUGGAUAUGGGAGUUCGAUCGUAUUCGAAACAGAAUCUAUCCGUACCAGAACAACAGCAGCAGCUCUAA